AUGGACAGCUCAGAGCUGCCGCAUUUACCUAAUAGCCUCGGUUUGGGUUCACAGUUGCCUUCCGGCUUCAAUCCCCAAGAUGUCCAGUCGUUUCAGGGUUUCUCUUCUGCCAUCGGGGAUAUAGACCACAAUUUACAGGCUGCUAGCAAUUUUUCACAAUUCAAUAAUGCUAAUGGCCGAUAUGAUAUAGCUCCCCCACCGCGCUCAGCCCAUGACCUAGCAGCCAACAACAACCAGGUCUCAAACCGAGCACAGGCCUGGAACAGUGCUGGUGAGCUUGAAUGGGUGGCCGCGUCUAUAUCUUCAUCCUUACCGAACGCGCAGAGCCGCGCCCAGCAUGAUGAUUCUUCCCUGCAAGUGGGCGGAGAGAGUUUGGAUGUAUCAGCUGCAGCUGCUGCAGAGAUUAAGGAUAGCCAUCUAGGUGGCUUGAAGAUUGUGCCGAAUCCGCCUGAUCUUGACGCAUGGAGGGAGCGGUUGUUUAAUGUUGAUGAGCCUAUUACGUUGACCGAGGAACAAUUUCAAAUUUACUUCCCGCAUGUUGACAACGUCUACUCUCAUCGAUCCACACAAAAAUACAAACGCAAACCAUUCAUUUCCCACUACUGGGACUGCCGCCUCAAAGGCCGACCCUCGGGGACUCCCAAAUCCGAUGAUCCUAACAAAAAGAAACGUAAACGAGUCGCUCGAGAACGCGAUCUGUGCGAUGUGAAAAUCAAGAUUACGGAGUACUUCCCUGAGGCUACCGCAGCAGAUAUAUCCCAACAUCAAAGGAGCGCAGCAAACGGGCUCGACUCAUCAGCUCUAUCGAGUGACAACCACCAUGGUACCAACGCAACUGCAACGUCCACUAUGUUCUUCCCAAGUAGUAGUGAUACUGCUCGUGGUAAUUCUCAGUCAUUCGGCAUGUUGACGCCCCGUCCGACAUUAUCUGAGAAUCCAUCUGUUAGUGCGGGUAAUGGUCAGACGAUGUAUACCAUUCAGCGAGUCAAUGGGAAUGGCGGAAAUGGGAAAACUGAUGGCGUUAGCGGCGGCCACAGGCAUACGUUGGAAGAUAGUGAUCGUGUCAAGAAGAAUAGCGUGUAUAGGUAUCUGCUCAAGAAGUCGAAGGAUGAGAAGAAGGUGGUUGUGACACAACCAAAAACCUAUCACAAAAAAGCUACAGGAGAAGCCCAAAGUACCGUCAAAAAACGUUCGCAGGAAAAUGAUCUUAAAUUAUUCGGAAGUUGUUUCUGCCCCUUUGUCCAACGCGUGUGGAUCGCGCUUGAAGCCAAAGGCAUCCCCUAUCAGUAUAUAGAGGUUGAUCCCUAUGAUAAACCACCGGAGUUAUUGGCUAUAAACCCUCGUGGAUUGAUACCGGCUCUUCUUCAUGGGAACUGGGGCUGUUAUGAGAGUACCGUGCUUUUGGAAUAUCUGGAUGAUCUGGACGAAGGAACUCCCCUUCUCCCUCCUGGUGAUGCCAGACUUCGUGCUCAUUGCCGACUAUGGGGUGACCAUAUCAACCGCAACAUAGUCCCUAGCUUCUAUAAAGUCCUGAUGGAGCAAACCCCUCAAAUGCAAGCCAAGCAUGCAGCAGAAUUGCAAGAAGACAUUGAGAAAUUGGUCAAUGCAUCGCAUGUCCACGGCCCAUUUUUCCUCGGUCCUAGUAUGUCGUAUGUUGACAUCCAGCUUGCGCCCUGGAUAAUCCGUCUAAGUCGUGUGCUCAAGCCAUAUCGAGGAUGGACCGAGCCAACGAUUGGCAGUAGGUUGGGUCGAUGGAUCCAGGCCAUUGAGGGCAAUGAGCAUGUCAUUGCGACGACAAGCAACGAUGACCUCUAUCUGGAAAGCUAUCAGAGGUAUUCUAAAAACCGGCCGAAUACAUCGCAACUGGCAAACGCAAUCAACAGUGACAGGGGUUUGCCGUAA